AAGCCGCCAAGUGAGCUUUAAUCUCCACCCAUCUCCGUUGUAUAAUCUCUCUCCCUCCAGAAACUCCCCCCAACCCCACCAUGCUCUGCUACUUUCACUCUUCUCUCAUCCUCCAACCCCUCAAAAUCCACAAGGCCCUAACUAUAGUCUGCUCUACCCAACCCAAACCACCACCCAGGAAACGACCCACCGUGGAUGGCCAAAGACCCGCCUUUAGGAACCGUAAGAACUAUGGUGCGUCAAGAAGGUCAAUUCAGAAAACACUCAAGCAAGAGCAGGUGACCUUCACUACUCCAACCCCUGAUGACCCCAUUGUUGGUAUAAUCGGCGGAGGCAUGGCUGGUCUCGCUUGUGCUCUCUACCUGGAAAAACGCGGUGUCCGCUCCACUGUUUUUGACACGGGUGUUCAUGGUUUGGGAGGAAGAAUGGGAACCAGGAUAGUAGAUCCUCAGCCUCUGAUAUUUGAUCAUGCGGCUCAGUUCUUUACAGCCAGUGAUCCUCAGUUUGCUGGGUUGGUUCAAGGUUGGUUGGAGCAAGGUCUGGUUCGGGAAUGGCAGGGUACAAUUGGAGAGCUUGAAGUGGGUGGUCAUUUUGUUCCACUUCCUUCUUCUCCUCCAAGAUAUAUAGGUGUUAAUGGAAUGCGCCCCAUUGCUGACUCGUUACUUUCUCAGACUCGUAUGAUUAACGUGGAGAGACCUUGCUGGAUAAGUAAACUUGAGCCCUUCAAUGGGAUGUGGCAUUUGAGUGAGAAUGGAAAACCAUGUGGGAAGUUUGAUGCUAUAGUUAUUGCACAUAAUGGGAAAUGUGCAAACCGCUUGCUUGGGUCAUCAGGCUUACCACUAAUUGCUGGACAAAUGAAGAGACUGGAAUUGAGUUCUAUAUGGGCCCUCCUCGCAGCAUUUGAGGAUCCACUUCAAAUUCCCGGUGAAGGAGCAUUUCCUUUUGAAGGAGCUUUUGUAAGAGGGGUUGAUUCCAUCUCAUGGAUGGCAAAUAAUACCAAAAAACUACAGGGUUCCCAUAGUAAUGGUCCUCACUGUUGGACCUUUCUUAGUACUGCAGCUUAUGCAAAGCGGAACAAGGUUCCACAGGAGAAUAUACCAAAUGCCACAGCAGAGAAGGUGAAGGCAGGCAUGCUCUUGGGUGUGGAAGAAGCACUGGGAUUACCAAAAGGAUCACUUCAGAAACCCUUUUAUACUCGAAUCCAGUUAUGGGGUGCGGCACUUCCAACAAAUACACCUGGUAUCCCCUGUAUCUUUGAUCCUCUUGGAAGGGCUGGUAUAUGUGGUGAUUGGUUACUGGGUUCAAAUUUAGAGUCAGCGGCCUUAAGUGGAAUCUCUCUUGCUAAUCAUAUGGCAGACCAUUUCCAAAGUAGCGGAGGCCGCCCUGAAGAGUUUGCUGUUGGUUUGCGCAAUCAGUUUCAACCGCUCAGAGGGCAUGACAUUGGACAGUUUCCAGGGUUGGAGUCUCAAACGCAAACGCAGAUGCCUACCCAACAAUCAUACCAAUUUGCCACUUAAAAACACAUUUAUUUGUAUUUGCUUCACACAAAACUGUGAAGGCAAGAUAAAAAAGGAUCAAGUUUUGCCUCGUCUCUCUCAGUAUAAGAUGACCAAUGUAGCAAAAAUGCCUGUGAAUGCGUAUCAAUUUUGAAUCUCUGCUUUGACAA